AUGGGUGCGGUCAGUCAGUCAGUGGUUGCUCGCAACAAUGCCGACAAGCCUCACGGUCUGGCGGGUAUGCUGAAGAAUCCCUAUGUCUUCAUGACAUGUCUCUUCGCCUCACUAGGUUGUAUCAUGUAUGGUUAUGACCAGGGUGUGAUGGGUCCCGUGCUUGUCAUGGAGAAUUUUGAGAAUCACUUCCCGACCUUCCAGGGUUCGACCAUCCAGGGUUGGUUGGUCGCUGCUUUGGAGCUGGGAGCUUGGGCAGGUGCUUUGAUCAACGGUUUCCUCGCAGAUCGUAUCUCCCGAAAGUACGCCAUGAUGGUUGCUGUUAUCAUCUUCACCCUGGGUACGAGUUUGCAGGCGGGUGCUCAGACGCCCGCAUACUUCUUUGCUGGUCGUAUCGUGGGUGGUCUCGGUAUUGGCAUGUUCUCCAUGGUAAUUCCUCUCUAUCAGGCUGAGAUUGCCCCUCCGGAGCUUCGUGGAUCCCUGGUGUCCCUCCAACAAUUGUCCAUCACCGUCGGUACUGCCAUCGCGUUCUGGAUUGACUACGGCAUGCAGUAUGUCGGUGGCACUACCUGCCAACCCGAGGGGAUUGCCAACCCCUACCUCGCUAGUGAAGACUAUCUCGUGGCGUCUUCCCCUGCUCUACAGAUUAUCCCUGCCUGGAUUCUGUUCUUCGGCAUGUUCUGGUUCCCCUUCUCGCCCCGUUGGCUUAUGAUGAAGCACCGUGAGGAGGAGGCCGCUGCCGCGCUUUCUAAGCUGCGUCGUCUUCCUACCUCCGACGCGCUUCUCCAGGCUGAGCUUCUUGAGAUCAAGGCCGCUGUUAUGUUCGACGAGGAGACUGAGGCCGAGGCCGUUAGCGCGAAUGGAGCUUGGGCUCCCUGGAAGGCCCUGUUCGCCCCUAAUAUGUUCAAGCGUCUGAUGCUUGGUUGCUGCAUGAUGGUCUUCCAGCAGUUCACCGGUAUUAACGCCGUUCUGUAUUACGCUCCUCAGAUUUUCGCCAGUUUCGGUUUCUCGUCUACCACGCAGACCCUCCUGGCCACUGGUGUGACCGGUAUUCUGCAGAUCAUCUUUACUCUUCCUGCUGUUCUGUACCUUGACAAGUUCGGCCGCAAGACUUUCCUCAUCGCUGGUGCUAUUGGUAUGUUCUGCUGCCACAUUGUCGUCGCCGCUGUCGAGGGUACCUACGAAGAUGCCUGGAACCUGAACGAGGGCCUUGAUAAGGCCCAGGGCUGGGUUGCUAUUGCCUUCAUUUGGCUGUUCGCCAUCAACUUUGCUUACUCCUGGGGUCCUGUCACCUGGGUGUUGACUCAGGAGAUCUUCCCCAACAGCAUGCGCUCCCGCGGUGUCUCCAUCGUCGCCUCCACUAACUGGAUGUUCAACUUUGUCAUUGGUCUGACCACCAAGGAUAUGCUGGAUUCCAUGAAGUACGUUCGCCCCGAGACCAAGGACAAGACCCUGGAGGAGCUGGAUAUCUUCUUCGGUGGCUCUGAGGAUAGCAUUGCCGAGGCCGACCGUGUCCGCAUGCAGAGAAUCUACGAGUCUCUUGGUCUCGCGGGUCUGGACAACGUUGAUGACCUGAAGGCUGAGAAGCAUGGCAUCGCCGAGCAGGUCGAGGAGACUGCCAAGGUCUAA